GGCGCAUCCUCUCUGACAGAAGAAGAAGAAGUGGUUUCACUUGAGGCCAAAAUGUCCAGUUUCCAGAGAGAAAAUGACGCCGCUAAAUCGCUUUUCAGAAGACUUGAGGUUUUAUUUGAUGUCGUACGAUAGCUGACUGUUAAAGUAGUGCGUGUUUGUUCAAACCCAGUGCUGUGACUUAAGACAAUCCCAAUGGAUAUAGUUGGAUUUGUGUCUCUAGCGGUUUAUUUUGCACUUCAGCACUUUUACUCAGCUUUAUCAUUUGUUAGUUUGACCUUUCCCUGACGCCUCAGCCGGCCUGCGAAUAUGCUGAGUCUGGCCCGAUAAAUCAAGACAUAACUGAACUUUUUUUUUUUACAUUUCUUGUGUUCACAAUUCAUACACACGCUUCGAAGGCACAGUAGUUUAUUUGUGUUGUUUAUGAAACACAGGAAAUGUUACAUUGCUCUUUCCUCAGCUCCACUUGAUCCCUUAAUGCGCUAACUGAAGAUUAGCAUGAGUUCGAGUUCCGCUCCACUACCGCUAAGUCUGCAGUCACUCCCAUCGUGUCCGGAGAGUACAGUCAGCAUCGGGACAGAGCGGCCAUGGCAUCCCGGGUGUCGUUCACCCAGCUGCGGCUGGAAGCGGAGCUGGAUCGGUACCGGGCCGAGUGUCAGUGGGACAGGAUCCCCCCCAUCAUCGAACACAUGCAGGCGGCACGCAUGCACGAAGACGAUGAUUACGGGACGCUGCUAUUGGCCGAGGCACUUCUAGAAGAGUGCUUACAAGAAAAUAUGGACCUUUUACGGCACUCCACACCUUUGAUGGACAAGACGCAACCCAGAUUAUGCCGAGCCAAAAGCUACCUCAACACCAUCCUAAGCCGAGGCCGCCUCACGCCCCGGUACUUGAAUGAGGCUCUGCUGCUGAUGGCCAAAGUGCACUAUGUGCAGGGGCGCCACCGCGAUGCCCAGGGAAUGUGUGCCAGGGUGGGACUGGAGGAGCUUACACGUGACGACCAACCUACCUACCACCUACGCCUGCUGGCUGAGGCCUUCAUCAUUAAAGGGUUGUCUCUGGACCACCAGGCACUUUCUUCAGUGUCUCGCGUCCGUCUGCUAGAGCGGGAGGAAGAGAGUCUUUCCUGUUACCUCAAAGCUUGCGAUGCUGCGCUGUCCUACCUGCAGGAGCUUGAUAAGGUGGUAACAACGCCCCACAAUAAAGCAGCCAAACUCACUCUGCUUUCUGCACCUGCGGACAUGGACUUGGGUUUCUUUCUGCAGGCGGCCCUGCAGAGCGCUUACUUGUGUUUGCUGCACAGAGGUCAUUUGGCGCAGGGUGCUCACCAGCUGCGUCGGGUGAUGCGGGUGGUGGAGUCACGAGCCUCUCAGGGUUUCAGGAAGGCUGCAGCAAGAAAGCUAGCAGAGGUGCUGCUGAGCUCGGUGAGUGAAGACGGCUACUGGCCCCCUCUGGGCCCCCCACCCUCCGCCUGGCUCCGUCGAGAGGGCGCCGCCACCUCCAAAGAAGCGCUCUACCCGACAGUCAAACCACCGCAGCGUUACAGCACUGACAGUUGCUUCUGUCCCCAGGACGUAGUAGAAGAGGCCGUGUUGCUGCUUCUCAUCACCGAGUCCAUGGCCAGUGGUGAUGCGGUCAUCAGCCGGCAGCCAGACCAGGCUGAGGCACGCCAGGCCACCAUGCAGGAUUCGGUCUCGGUGUACGACUUGCUCACUGUUGGCAUGGCCAGGAGGGGGCAGUACACCAUGUUGUCUGAGUGUCUGGAACGAGCAAUGAGGUUUUCAUUCAACGAGUUCCACCUCUGGCACCAGCUGGGCUUGUCACUCAUGGCGUCUGGGAAGGUUGUCGGUGCCGUGUCUGUUUUGAAAGAAUGUGCCAGGAUGAGACCGGAGGACCCGUCGUUGCCGCUGUUGGCUGCCAAAGUUUGCAUCAGUCAGCUGCACUGGUUCUCAGAAGCAGAGGCUUUGUCCCAAAGCGUUGUGUCGAUGGGAGAAGGAGCUGGAGAAUUUCUUCCUCGGGCCUACCUAGCUUUGGGACUCUCCUACAGUCUGCAGGCUUCGGAUGCCUCCCUGAAAGAAGAUCGGAACGAGUACAACAAAAAAUCACUACGGAUUCUGAGAAAGGCUCACUCAUUGGACCCGCUGGAUGCUCACAUUGCCAUGUGCCUGGCUCUCCAGCUAGCUCUCGUACGCCAGGUAUCGGCAGCCAUGGAGCCCCUGCAGGAGGCAUUAUCUCUCCAAGGGGAUGACUUACACUCCCUCCACCUGCUGACUCUUCUCCUCAGUGCUCAGAAGCAACACCGCCACGCCCUGGACACCUUGGAACUGGCCCUCAGCCAACACCCUGACAACUUCAAUUUGCUGUUCACAAAGGUGAAGCUUGAAGAGGUUCUGUUCGGCCCAGGCGUCGCCUUACAGACCUGUGAAGAAAUGCUGCAAUGCUGGCAAAGCCGCUAUGAUGUCAGUCACUCAACCGAGACCGAUGACACGAGUAGCGUGCCAGCGGUGGAGAGGCCCAAUGCCAGCCCCGGAGUCACCAAGACAUCCAUCCACCUCACUCUGCCUGACUUCCAAGACACUUCCACCGGUUCAAAGAGUCCGUCAUCGGUUGCUGCAUCUCGCCUGGAUGCAGCACUCUCAGAAGUGUCGGACAUUAGUUCCACGCAUCGCCAAGGACCUCCGUACAUCUGGACAACCCUGGAACGGAUCUGGCUGCAAGCUGGAGAGCUGUUCAUGGAAGAUGGCCGACUGAAGGAAGCCCAGUUUUGCAUCGCCGAGGCCGGCUCUCUCUAUCCCAACUCUCACUCGGUGUUGCUACAGAGGGGCCGCCUAGCUGAGCUUCGGGGUCACAUGGAUGAAGCUAAAAUUCUCUACGAUGACGCCCUGGCCAUCCACCCUACUGGGGAGCGCAUACUGGUGCACUUGGGUCGACUGCUGGUGAAAAGCGGGCGUGUACACCUAGGGGAGAAGGUCCUGCGCGAUGCGGUUCAGGUCCACAGCACAUCACACGAAGCGUGGAGUGGACUGGGCGAGGCGCUGCAGUCUCAAGAGUCCGGUCAGGCCCCCGACUGCUUCCUGACAGCUCUGGACCUGGAAGCAUCCUGCCCCAUUCGACCUUUCUCCAUCAUCCCCAGGGAGCUCUGACAGGUUUGGACUGAAAGUGAAGCUUUGGAGAUGAUCCGGUUUGCAACCACAACUUAAAUGCAGUCGUGUGUUCCAUUUCGGAACCUCAGGUGUUUGCUUCUAAUUUGCUGAUUUUUAUAGAAGACUCAUUUUUGUUAGUAGAAUAAGUCUACUAUACCUUUUAUUUACUUCUUAGACGGCCAUGAGGUUUAGUAUCGACUAAAACAGUUCCAUGAAAGUCUAGAAUGGACCCUCAGAAAUCUCUUUGGAGGGGCUGUUGGUUUGCCGCUUCGUUAGAAAUAGAAGUGUGUCAUUCUGGGGAUUGAACGUUGAAGAAGUCUUAAGGGAAGAAAACCCCAGGAAAACCAAAGAAAACUCAAACUCAACCAGACUGGGAAGUGAGGGAAAUACGAGGUUUUAGAUUUUUAGACAAUAUUCCCCCAGAAGUGCCCUGAUGGUCCGGCGUACUUUCUGUUUCUGCUUUGCAUUCCUUUUGGGAUUGGAAAAUUAUUAUAUUUUUGCAAGAAAAAGUGGAUUUUUAUUUCUUUCUUGAAACUGCCAGGAAAAUAUAAUCCGUUUCUUAGCGUUGUGGUCUAUUAGAGAGGGGAAUUUUAUUAUAAAAUUACAUUUAAAAUGAUUAAGUAAAUGUGUGUUGUGAUAGAAAUGCUGAUGCCUGUGAUUCUUUGCUAACCCCCCCCCCCCAC